CAAGCGGAGGAUGGAGACAGAGCAAGCAGGUGCAGCUGUGGGAAGUGCCGGGGCUACAGAGCACAGGGAGGGCGCGUGCGGCGCAGCUCGCUGGGGACCGUAGGGUGCCCGGCCACGGGGAGGAGGCGGGGCAAGUGCCCAGCCGGGAUCGCUAAGUCGCCGCGGUCUCGCUGACAGAAGAAGCGCCUGGUCCGACACCCGAGGGGUGCGGGAGAAAGAGACGAGGGGGCCGGGGCAAGCAGCGCCUGUUCCCCGGCGCCGACGAACUGCUGUUCCCGGGAGCAAGGGAGGCGGAGAAGGAGCGGAGCUGGAGCGGGGGCGGGUGUGAGGCAGGGGGGAGGUGCGCGGGGAACCGGCGUCUCGGGGGCGCUGGAGCAGGCGGGUGCAGCCCGACAUUGAGCUGCCAGCGGCGAGACGCCAGUCGCCGCGCGACACUGGGAUCCCGCCGCCUUGUGCGGGGCCGGGGGGGAGGGGGGGGUUGCACGGCUCAGUCCCUCGGUCCGUACGGUUCCCCUGCGGCAUAGGGGAGCGGGGGGCGCUGCCGCUCCCAUCCCCCGCUGCCGCUCUCGGUGAUUGAUCCGCCUCUCCGAGCCCGGAGGAAGAUGCUCGCCCGUUCGCUGCAGCAUGAGGCGUGACUGAAAGGACCCGUCCCUGCUGGAAGAGGGAGCGGCGCCCCGCGUCUCCGCGGCCGGGUAGCGGGGCCUCUCUCUCUGCGGGGGAUGUGCCACCGGUGCUCCCGCAUUGCUGCUGCUGCUGCCGCUCUCAGGGAGCCUCAUGCCAGCGCCGGUGAAACGGCUCCCUCCGCCUCCGCCUGCUGCUCGGGAAAAUGAAUCGAUACCCCCCAUCCUGCUGCUGCUGCCGCCGGCGGGGGUGUUAGAGGGAGAAGCGGCGGGGAGCGCUGCGCAUAACGCCGGCCCCAUCCCGCGCUGCACCUGACGUACCCCGAGCUCGCGCUGCCCUGGGGCUUUGCUUACCCGGGGGAUAAACGCUGCUGCAGGCUCCCUCGCCCCCGUGAGAGGCGAGCGUCUCCCCUUCUCCCCGCGCAAGGAGAGGCUGGCUGGCUGUGGGGAGGGGAUUCGCCGUUUGCUGCUACCUCCGAGGCCGUCUCCUCUGGCAGUGGGCUGGAGUUACUCUAGGGCCGGAGAAGACCGUGCUCCGAGAGGAUAUGGGAGAAACCCGCCUCGGGCUUCUUCCUUAGGACGCCUCGGCUCCUUCUCCUUCCAAAGGGGAUUGUGAUUUCUUUGGCUACAGCUCCACAUGCCUACGGACUCCCGUUGUGGGAGGCGCUGACCCGCUAGGGCAGCGCUUCAGCCCUGCUAAUAGGAGCGCGGGGCCACUUGGAUUUCUCCGAAACGCCUGGGAAAAAGUCAAGCCGGGAAACGUGGUGACCCAGACUCGUGUCACCAUCGCUAAGGGAACGUCGGACCAGAGGGGUAGAGAACCAGGUGGUGGAGAGGCGAGGAAAAUCCUCUGGGAAUCGUCUAUAGAGCACCUUCAGUGCAAGCGUCCGUUGGGCAUCAUGGGGGAACAACCCAUCUUCAGCACCCGAGCUCAUGUCUUCCAGAUUGACCCAAACACUAAGAAGAACUGGGUUCCCACCAGCAAGCAUGCUGUUACUGUGUCCUACUUCUAUGACAGCACAAGAAAUGUCUAUAGGAUAAUCAGCUUGGAUGGCUCAAAGGCAAUAAUUAAUAGCACUAUCACCCCCAACAUGACAUUUACUAAAACAUCCCAGAAGUUUGGCCAGUGGGCAGACAGCAGGGCAAAUACUGUCUAUGGCUUGGGAUUUUCCUCUGAACAUCAUCUUUCAAAAUUUGCAGAAAAAUUUCAGGAAUUCAAAGAAGCUGCACGAUUAGCAAAGGAGAAAUCCCAAGAAAAGAUGGAGCUAACAAGUACACCUUCACAGGAAUCAGCAGGAGGGGACAUUCAAUCUCCUUUAACACCAGAAAGCAUUAAUGGAACAGAUGACGAAAGAACAACUCCAGAAGUGACACACAACUCGGAACCAAGGGCUGAACCGACCCAGAAUGCAUUGCCAUUUACACAUAGUUCGACAAUCAGCAAGCACUGGGAGGCUGAACUGGCCACACUUAAGGGUAACAAUGCCAAGCUCACAGCAGCUCUGCUGGAGUCCACUGCCAAUGUAAAACAAUGGAAACAACAGCUUGCUGCAUAUCAGGAGGAAGCAGAACGUCUACAUAAGCGGGUGACUGAGCUGGAGUGUGUGAGCAGCCAAGCAAAUGCAGUCCAUACACAUAAAACAGAAUUAAACCAGACAAUACAGGAAUUAGAAUCCACACUGAAGAAGAAAGAAGAGGAAAUAGAAAGAUUGAAACAAGAAAUUGAUAAUGCCAGAGAGCUUCAGGCACAGAGGGACGCUUUGACCCAGAAGCUCCAGGAAGUAGAAAUUCGAAACAAGGACCUGGAAGGACAGCUGUCUGAUCUAGAGCAACGUCUGGAGAAAAGUCAGAAUGAGCAAGAAGCUUUUCGCAAUAACUUGAAGACACUUUUAGAAAUUCUUGAUGGAAAAAUCUUUGAACUAACAGAAUUACGAGAUAACCUGGCCAAGCUAAUAGAAUGCAGCUAAAGAAAUGGGAUUUCAGUGCCAAUCAUCUUAAAGAUGCACUGUCUCUCUUCAUAGGACUUUGUUGGGCUCUGCAUCAAAGUUGCACAAAAUUAGAAAAAUGCUCCUCCAAGAGGGCCUAUUUUAAAUUUGAAUAGUAUUUUCAAUGUAAAAUUUAGAAAUCAUCUUGUAGCUAGUUGAAAAAGAAAACACUUGAAUUACAAAUUACCUCCAUGUAUAUUAUUGGCCAUAAAUAACUUGAAGAAAGAUAUUAACAGUAAUUGAAUGCAAUGAUUUUCUGAUUAUUAGCCAGUAGAAGAAUUAGCAGUGUCCCAGGUCACAUCCCCUUUUUGUGUUAGACACAAUGUAGAUUAUCUGCUUUUUUAUUUAAUUAAGAUAUCUAAUUGAUGUGUUUUGUGCAGAAACUUAGUGAUGACAGCCCUGUAUUUUGUUAUAAUCUUAAUAAUUUCUCAGGAUACUUUGCACUGUUGAGAAACCGUGCCAUUACCAAUUAAUUCUUGCCAGGAGUGAGAGAGAAUUGCAUCUUUAAUUGAAACAUAGUUAAUAGAACUGCUUGUAUAGAGUUCUUCCUUUUUUUUAUACUGGAAGAUACUGUAUUUCUUUAUGAAGUUCACUCUGGUGUUCUAUAAUAUUGUCCAGUGUACGGUUUACUUUCCAUAUUAUUUCCAUGUAUUUACAAUGAGAUACUGUCUCCCAUUUUAUUACACAUUUUAAAGUCAACCAAUGAAGGUAGGUGAGUUCCUCCGAAAAAAAUAUUUUUAAAUUUAAAAUUUGACAUGCACAGAUAAAUAUAGGUAGCCAGUCAUUUAUUGUCUGGCGUUAUUAAACAUCAAAUAUAAUUAGAACGUGCAGUUACUUGAAGAUGUUUUAUUAGCCUAUUUUGCAAGAAAUCUUUUCUGAAUGAUCAGUGCAUUUCAGUUUUGUGUAAUAAUGCCUAGUGGAGAACACUGUUUAUUGAUCAUGUUAGGGAUAUAGAGCUAUUACAAGGGGAUUACCUUUGCAUUGAAAUUGCCCAGCCAAGAGAAAUGUUUCUGGAAGCUGUGUAGUCAUAGCAAAUUGAAAUGGAGACAUGUUUUCUCUAUAUAGUUCUUCACACCACAUUUUAUCAAAACCACACCAGGCAAUAUUCUGAACUGUUACAUAGUUGUUUAAAAAGAGGAUUCACUUAUCCUCAGUAAAUGGAUUUGAAAGUUGUUUUGAUGUAAUUUUAACAGACUUUUGGCAAACAUGCAUUUCUCUAUACAAUAUAUUUAUUUUAAGAAAAGUCAUUGAAAGGUAAGCCAAGUGUCAUAUGUUUGCUUAUUGAAUGGGAAGUGCAUCAAAGUAUGUUGUUAUCAUAAAUUGCCUGCAAUGUUGGAGAGGGUUUUUUU